GUGUGUGUGUGUGUGUGUGUGUGUCACGUUGUGGAGGUCAGGUGUUGUAGCCCAGCAGCCUAAAAAUAUCAUGUUAAACACAGAGCCAGAGAGAGCAGCUACCAUUCCUGAUCUGUAUUUCAGCCUUCAUGCUUACUGCAGAGGGAGGUCUCUGUUGACACACACACACACACACGGUUCACACAUGUCCACUGAGGAAACGUUGAAACGCUGCUGGUCUGCGAUCCUGCUCAGGAACGGAUUUAAAGCUUUAAACAGUUACAAGAAAGAGCAGAGGUGAGCUAUGUCCUCCGGUGUAGUGAAGUCCAGAAGCAGGAACCCGUACACAGCGGUGCAGGUGGACCCAGACAGUGACUACAUCACACCCGGAACAUUAGACCUGGAGCAGCUGUUCUGGACCGGCACCGGGGCCGAGUAUGCACAUGUCAACCAGGUCUGGCCCAAUGUCUACAUCGGGGACGAGAAGACAGCUCUGGAGCGGCCCGGCCUGAGGGAUCUGGGUAUUACACAUGUCCUUAAUGCAGCAGAGGGGAAGUGGAACAAUGUGCUGACUGGCGUUGAGUACUACACUGACAUGGACAUCCAGUACUACGGUGUGGAGGCUGAUGACAAACCCACCUUCAACAUCUCCCAGUACUUCUGCUGUGCAACCCAGUUCAUCCACGAGGCCCUCAGUCACCCGCAGAACAAGGUGCUGGUGCACUGUGUGAUGGGUCGGAGCAGGUCAGCGACCCUGGUCUUGGCGUACCUGAUGAUGGAACGCGGGUUAACCGUGGUGGAUGCUGCUGAGCAUGUGCGACAGCGGCGCUGCAUCCUGCCCAACCACGGCUUCCUGAAACAGCUCAGAGCCCUGGACAUCACGCUACAAGAGGAGAGGCUGAGACAGAAAAGAGAGAUGCAACACCAAUAGUUCACAAUAGAUAAAUAAUACGCAUCUGUUUACUACUUCCAUUUGUCUUCUGAAUCCAUCUCAGGCAUACAAAAAUGUUCUUUAUGUUUCUCUAACUAUUGUAUCAUUAAAUUGUUUUGUUUUUCA